UUCCCGAUCAGCAACCUCCCCUCCCCUCAUCAAGGGUUUUCCUCCUCUCCUCUCCUACCCUUCGCCGCUUCACCGCUGCUGCCUUCCCUCCCUCGCAAGCCUCCUCCGCGUCGCCGCCGCCCGCCCGCCCGGCCGUCGGAUCCGCCAUGGCUUCCGACCAGAACAAAGAUUCAAAAUCGGAGGGGCUGUCUGAGGCAAAAAAGGGGGCUUCCCCAACAGGUGGUGCAGGCCUGCCCAGUCCUUUUGAUUUCUCCAACAUGAGCAGCUUGCUCAAUGAUCCAUCUAUAAGGGAGAUGGCUGAGCAAAUCGCCAGCGACCCUGUAUUCAACCAGAUGGCUGAGCAGCUUCAGAAAAGUGCGCAGGGUGCAGGGGAACAGGGUGUUCCAAAUUUGGAUCCUCAAGCAUACAUGGAAACCAUGACACAAGUUAUGCAGAAUCCUCAGUUUAUGUCAAUGGCGGAGCGUCUUGGGAAUACUCUUAUGCAGGAUCCUGCAAUGUCCAGUAUGCUUGAGAACUUGACUAGUCCAGCUCACAAAGAGCAGCUUGAAGAGCGAAUGGCCCGUAUCAAGGAUGAUCCGUCUUUGAAGCCAAUUCUUGAUGAGAUAGAACGUGGUGGUCCAUCUGCAAUGGUGAAGUACUGGAAUGACCCUGAGAUUCUUCAAAAGAUUGGCCAGGCCAUGUCAUUGAACUUCCCAGUAGAUGCUGCUACUUCCACUGUAGUAUCUGGACCUCAAGAAACUGAUGAAGAGGGCGAGGAUGAUGAUGAGUCCAUUGUCCAUAACACCGCCAGUGUUGGUGAUGCAGAGGGUCUGAAGAAAGCAUUAGAUGGUGGAGCAAACAAGGAUGAAGAAGACGUGGAGGGAAGAAGGGCCUUACAUUUUGCAUGUGGAUACGGCGAGUUGAAGUGUGCAGAAAUCCUUCUGGAGGCAGGUGCUGCAGUUGACGCACUGGAUAAGAACAAGAACACCCCUCUGCACUAUGCCGCUGGAUACGGUCGGAAGGAAUGCGUGGAUCUUCUCUUGAAGCACGGCGCUGCUGUCACGCUCCAAAAUCUGGACGGGAAGACCCCCAUCGAGGUGGCCAAGCUCAACAGCCAGGACGAGGUGGUCAAGCUGCUCGAGCAGGACGUGUUCCUAUGAAGCAAACCCUCAGACCUGGCCGCGCUCAUCGAUCCUAAAACUCUCCCUUGGUUCUGGACUCUCGGCGGCGUCAUAUCGUGGCAUGGUGUUGGUUGCUUUCCCUCGGUUUUACUUAGUCGGUAGCUCUCGCCUGUAACCUGUGUGGCCUUGCGGUGCUGCUUAACAAGAGUCCAUCUUCUUCUCCGUUGGUUUGAUCCUGCUGUGCAACCCUGUUCUUGGUCCAUCUCCGUGCACGGGGGAUAUGGGUUCGCUGUGGGAGCUGUCAGGGGUGAUGAUUGCGUAUAUACCCCUGUCGUGAAUAUUUCUUGGUGUUGAAAAUGAUACGUAAGGUGCAAAUUUUGUUUAA